UGAAAACAUCACCCGAGUGCUUCAUUUUAUCUCAUUUUAUCUUUCUUGUCCAUCGAAUGUUGAAUAAGAUAACGAUCUCUUUAGGAUUUCUAAUCUACACCUAAUUUUUUAAAAACUCGUUUUUCAAUGAAAAAUUGGAAACCUAUGUGGAACUGUAUUUUGCGUGGAAAUUUUAAACUCAGAUGAUGAGGAAAGCCACAGCAAUGAGAGCAAUGUUGAACAUAAGAGACAAGUGAUGAAGAUAAAUGAACAACCAAGCAGCAAAUCUUCGAGGAAUAAAUAUGCACUACAAUUCUUUCAAGAGUCCAGUGAGAAAUUGCGAAAACGUAAGGAACGAGCCUUUAAAAGUAUCGAACCAGCUAGUCUCAAGGAUCAAGAGAUUUCCGAUAAUUAUUUUCCACCUGGGAUUGACAUGCCAAAGCGACCUCCGUGGGAUUUCAAUAUGACAAAGGAGCAGUUAGAAUUAAGAGAACAAAGAUAUUUUACAGAAUACUUGAACAGCAUGGAAGAGUUAGCUAGUCUGAGUUACUUCGAAUUGAAUUUAGAGACCUGGCGACAAUUGUGGAGGGUUCUAGAGAUGUCGGACAUGCUCUUAAUUAUUGUUGACAUUAGAUAUCCUGUUCUAAUGUUUCCCCCUUAUUUGUACGACUAUGUGACGAAGAAAUUAAAGAAAGAUAUGAUUUUGGUAUUAAACAAGGUCGAUCUGGCACCUCCGGCGUUGGUGGUGGCUUGGAAAGAAUAUUUUCACAAUCAAUAUCCAAAAUUACAUAUUUUAAUGUUCACGUCGUAUCCCACUUACAAUCUUCGUGGUAAUACGAGCAAUGAGGAGGGUGUCAAGAAAAGAUCUCGCAGGGGAAAAUUGAGAAUGGCCGCGGAAGGAGCGCAGAAGUUACUGGAGGCUUGUAAAGAUAUUGUUGGGGAUAAGGUCGAUCUAAGUUCCUGGUAUGAGAAAAUUCGGGAGGAAAUGCACUCCGAAUACGAUUUAGAUGACAUAAAUCACAAGGAUGACGUAACAAUAGAGAAGGAGGAUACCACUUAUUUCAAACAUGAAAAAUACAAAAAUGGAGUAUUGACUAUUGGGUGUGUUGGUACGCCAAAUGUCGGAAAAUCAUCCUUGAUGAAUGCAUUAAUGGGGAAGAAAGUCGUAAGUGUGUCUCGCACUCCUGGUCAUACUAAGCACUUUCAAACUAUUUAUCUUACAAAGACUGUGUGCCUAUGCGAUUGUCCUGGUUUGGUCUUUCCUUCGACUGUGCCCAAAGAAUUACAAAUAUUAAUGGGUUCGUUCCCGAUCGCUCAAGUCAGAGAACCUUAUACCGUCGUACAAUUUCUGGCCGAAAGAGUGAAUCUACCGAAACUAUUGAGGAUUCCACAUCCAGAGAACGAUGACACGUGGUCCGCUAUGGACAUCUGCGACGGUUGGGCUAUCAAGAGGGAUUUCAAGACGGCGCGAGCAGCUAGAUUGGAUACAUACAGAGCGGCAAAUUCGUUACUACGAAUGACGCUAGAAGGAAAAAUUUGCCUGUAUAUAUACCCGCCGAAUUGGACCAUUGAUAAAAAAAAAUGGGAAAAUCACGCAGAUGUUGAGACAGUAAGAUGGAUUCAAGCUAGGAAUAAGGGCGAUAAUUUCAGUACACCAACUGAGAUAUCUUCUGAAGAUGAGGAAACUGACGACGAAAGACUGACUGAGGAAUCUUCUAGGUGCGCAACGAAUGAUAACUCAAACUCGGAAUCGUCAAACGAGGAAAACGAUGUGCCGCUUGUAGCUAAUAAGUUUUCAUUGUUAUCUGCGGAAUAAUAAUAUAGUUUAUCAUGUUGCAUCUUGCUCAGAUAUUUUAUUUACCCCUUUUUUACACACAUAAUUUUUUUUCUUAAAAUGUAAUGAGCAACCUGAUAACAAUAAAGAAUAGUCGUGUAA